CGUUUCCCUCUCCUUCCGAUUUCUGUGAAUACUGAAUGCUCACUGAAUAUACACUUUUUUUUUUCUAACUUCACGCAGUUCAUCACCCUCCUCUCAGUCAAUCCUCUCCGCUUCUUCUUCUCCACCGCUUUCUCUCUCGUCGGAAAAUGGUUUAUACGAUCCCAGGGAUUCGGUUCCCUGCAGUUCCGGCGCUCUGCAAGUACUCCGACUCUUCUUUCAAUGGCGACAGGAAGAUGCCGCUAUCUCUCUUCAUGAGGAAGGAAUCGUCUGCUAGGAAGAUUGUUGGUACCAAGUCCACUUACGAUUCUAAUUCCGUGUUGUCGACCUCAACUGCUGCUUCUGGUAACAUACUGGUUCCUGGGAGUGAAAGCGAUAGCUCUUCGACUUUGGACGGUGAGUCUGAAAUUUCUGGCGUAGUAUCAGAGGAUGAUCAGGUGCUUCAUGAUGUAGAUAGUCAAACAAUAGAAGCUGAUGAGAAGCUGAUGGAUCAAGCACCACUGGAGGAAAUAUCAAUUCCUUCAAAAAGUAGCUUGGCCGAACCCACUGUGAGAUCCAUUCCUCCACCUGGCAGUGGGCAGAGAAUCUAUGAAAUAGAUCCAUAUUUGUUGGCUCACAAAGGACAUCUUGAUUACCGCUAUGGACAGUACAGAAGGCUAAGGGAGGCUAUUGACCAGAAUGAAGGUGGGUUAGAAGCAUUCUCCCGUGGCUAUGAAAAGUUUGGUUUCACACGCAGUGCCACAGGUAUCACGUACCGUGAAUGGGCACCAGGAGCUACGUCAGCUGCGUUGAUUGGAGACUUCAACAAUUGGAAUCCUAAUGCAGAUAUUAUGACCCGGAAUGAGUUUGGUGUCUGGGAAAUUUUUUUGCCUAAUAAUGCAGAUGGUUCCCCAGCCAUUCCUCAUGGUUCUCGAGUGAAGAUUCGAAUGGAUUCUCCUUCAGGCAUCAAAGACUCAAUCCCUGCUUGGAUCAAGUUUUCUGUACAGGCUCCAGGUGAAAUACCGUACAAUGGCAUAUACUAUGAUCCACCAGAAGAGGAAAAGUAUGUAUUUCAACAUCCUCAGCCAAAAAAGCCGAGGGCACUUAGAAUUUAUGAGAGCCAUGUUGGUAUGAGCAGUACGGAACCUAUUAUAAAUACGUAUGCAAACUUUCGAGAUGAUGUCCUUCCUCGUAUUAAGAGGCUUGGAUACAAUGCUGUUCAGAUCAUGGCUAUCCAAGAGCAUUCCUAUUAUGCUAGCUUUGGGUACCAUGUUACCAACUUUUUUGCCCCUAGCAGUCGCUGUGGAACCCCUGAAGAACUUAAAUCUUUGAUAGAUAGAGCUCAUGAGCUCGGUCUGCUUGUUCUCAUGGAUAUUGUUCAUAGCCAUGCAUCAAAGAAUGUGUUGGAUGGACUAAACAUGUUUGAUGGCACUGAUAACCAUUACUUUCAUUCUGGAUCCCGAGGUUAUCAUUGGAUGUGGGAUUCUCGUCUUUUUAAUUACGGAAGCUGGGAAGUACUAAGGUUUCUACUAUCAAAUGCUAGAUGGUGGCUCGAAGAAUACAAGUUCGAUGGGUUCAGAUUUGAUGGUGUGACCUCCAUGAUGUAUACACAUCGUGGUCUAGAGGUAGGGUUUACUGGAAACUACAACGAGUACUUUGGAUUUGCUACAGAUGUAGAUGCUGUGGUGUAUUUGAUGCUGGUGAAUGAUAUGAUUCAUGGGCUUUAUCCCGAGGCUGUUACAAUUGGUGAAGAUGUCAGUGGAAUGCCUACCUUUUGCAUUCCUAUCCAAGAUGGUGGAAUUGGAUUUGAUUACCGGCUGCACAUGGCCAUUGCUGAUAAAUGGAUCGAACUUCUCAAGAAAAGCGAUGAAGACUGGAAAAUGGGUGAUAUUGUUCACACGCUUGUUAACAGAAGGUGGUUAGAAAAGUGUGUUGCAUAUGCUGAGAGUCAUGACCAAGCUCUUGUUGGUGAUAAAACAGUUGCGUUCUGGUUGAUGGACAAGGACAUGUAUGAAUUCAUGUCUUUGGAUAAACCAUCAACUCCUGCAAUUGAUCGUGGAAUAGCAUUACAUAAAAUGAUAAGGCUUAUUACCAUGGGAUUGGGUGGAGAAGGAUAUUUGAAUUUCAUGGGGAAUGAAUUUGGACAUCCUGAGUGGAUUGAUUUUCCAAGGGGCGAUCAACAUCUUCCUAGUGGUGCAGUAAUUCCUGGAAACAACUUUAGUUAUGAUAAAUGUCGGCGUAGAUUUGAUUUGGGAGAUGCAGAGUAUUUAAGAUAUCAUUUUAUGCAAGAAUUCGAUCGGGCGAUGCAGCAUCUUGAAGAAGCAUUUGGCUUCAUGACAUCUGAACACCAAUACGUUUCCCGAAAGGAUGAAGGAGAUAAAGUCAUUGUGUUCGAAAGGGGGGAUCUGGUUUUUGUUUUCAAUUUCCAUUGGAGUAACAGCUAUUACGACUAUCGAGUGGGGUGCCUCAAGCCAGGAAAAUACAAGAUUGUCUUGGACUCGGAUGAGCCCUCGUUUGGAGGGUACAAUCGGCUUGAUCAUUAUGCCGAGUACUUCACAUUUGAAGGAAACUACGAUAACAGGCCUCGUUCAUUCCUAGUAUAUGCUCCUUCCAGGACGGUCGGGGUCUAUGCUCUAACACCAGAUGAUUCUGAGCUUGUAGAGGGCGAAACCGAAACCGAAACCGAAACCGAAACCGAAACCGAAACUGAAACCAAAACCGAAACCGAAAUCAAAACUGAAAUUGAAACUUCAAUGGAGUAGAGUUUCUGAUGUGAAGAUGGUACCAUUCAUGGUGUACCUAGAGAACCAUGUGGCGAAGAUGGUUCAACACAGAACCGAUGUGGAAUCUUCUUGCCAGACAAUUCUGCCAGGUAACUGGAUUCAUCAAUUAACAAGGUAUAACCUUAAAUCCAAUGCAAUGAAUUUCAUCUGCGUAAAGUAAAGACAACUUCAGAGGAUGGGUAGAUGUUUUUACUGUUCUAUUUAAUUCUUGGCAAUUAUAUUUGGUUGUUUCAGAUUCCGGAGCUGGAAAUUUCUUAGUAGAACGUGUAAGUACAUAAAACUCUUUCCAAAUACCUAGUCCUGCUUAAAUUAUAAUGAAAUACGGUAGAGUCAGCCAU